CGCUUCCGCCGGGCCGCGGGGCGGGACUUGCGGAGCGCCUGCGCCCGGGCCGCGGCGGGGACGGACGGUGAAGCCGGAGCAUGGCGGGCCGCAGAGCUGCCGUCAAGGCCAUCGACUGGGCGGCCUUCGCCGAGCGGGUGCCUCCCAACCAGAAGGCCAUGUUCAACGCCCUGAAGACCCGCAGCGAUGCGCUGUCGGCCAGGUUGGCUGCCCUCCCAGAGAAGCCCCCGGCCAUCGACUGGGCUCACUACAAGGCAGUAGUUGCUAAGGCUGGCAUGGUGGAUGAGUUCCAGAAGAAGUUCAGUGCACUGAAGGUUCCUGAGCCUGUGGACACUCAAACUGCCAAAAUUGAUGCCCAGGAGAAGGAAGCUGCAAAGAGCACAGCUGAGUACGUGGAGGCCUCCAAAGCUCGUAUUGCCCAAUAUGAGCAGGAGCUCCAGAAGCUCAGAAGCAUGAUUCCCUUUGAUCAGAUGACUUUGGACGACUUGCACGAUGCUUUCCCUGAAACCAGGCUGGACAAGCAGAAGUAUCCAUACUGGCCCCACAAACCCAUUGCUGAUCUGUAAACUUGCCUGGAAGCAGCUUAGUGGCAUUUUGAAUAAAGUACUUUCCCUCCUG